AUGCCAAAGUGGAUGGAACCGGGACUUCAAAAUAAAUUUACAACACAGCUCAGAGCUCUUCAAUCCGAUACAAUAGCCAUCAUGCCAGAAACAUCAAUUUCCCCACCGGCCGUCACACGCCCAAGCAAACCCGUUUCGGAAGCUCUUUUGAACGAGAAGUGGGACCACUGUCUUUCCUCGAUGCUCAUACGAUCCUCCGUCGGACUCGGAUUUGGUGUUGUCGCCUCAGUCUUGAUAUUCAAGCGAAGAGCAUGGCCUGCAUUUGUUGGUGUUGGGUUCGGUGCUGGAAGAGCUUAUGAGGAGUGCAACACCUCAUUUAGAAGGGUGGGAAAGGAUGGUAUUAGAGUACAGAGACCUUGA